UUGUAAGUUUUGACACAAUAGAUUUUCUCUGUGUUUUAUUCUGAAGGGCUCCGCCGGAUGUAUUCGUGCGCGUUGCUUCCUCCUUGUCGGCGCUAGCAAGAAAAGGCGCAGCUAGUAAACAGCAGAGAAAAGCCACUCGGUGGGUAUUAAAGCAGUAAAACACCGAGCUACCGGAGCUCCAGAGUGAAUGUGAGGCCGCUUGGCUCUGUGGCUCUCCCUCUUACCGGCUGCGGGUGUCUCAGCGGCUGUCAGCGGCACAGAAAGCGGAGCGUCGGGCCGGGCAGCCAGUUAGCAGCUAACCGAGCAGCUGUAGCGGACGGAGCGCAGACAUGAUCGCGCUGAUCAACAAACUCCUGGACUGGUUCAAGGCUCUGUUCUGGAAGGAGGAGAUGGAGCUGACCCUGGUGGGGUUGCAGUACUCCGGGAAGACCACCUUUGUGAAUGUGAUAGCGUCGGGUCAAUUCAGCGAAGACAUGAUACCUACAGUGGGCUUCAACAUGAGGAAGAUCACCAAGGGUAACGUCACCAUCAAGCUGUGGGACAUCGGCGGCCAGCCUCGCUUCAGGAGCAUGUGGGAACGCUACUGCCGGGGCGUCAGCGCCAUCGUCUACAUGGUUGACGCAGCCGAUCCAGAGAAGAUCGAAGCCUCCAAGAACGAGCUGCACAACCUGCUGGACAAACCGCAGCUGCAGGGGAUUCCUGUUCUGGUUCUGGGCAACAAGCGGGACCUGCCAGGCGCUCUGGACGAGAAGGAGCUCAUAGAGAGGAUGAACCUGUCGGCCAUCCAGGACAGAGAGAUCUGCUGCUACUCCAUUUCCUGCAAGGAGAAAGACAACAUUGACAUCACUCUGCAGUGGCUGAUCCAGCACUCCAGGACCAAGAGGAGUUCCUGAGGGACGACCCGACCCAGACGGGCCACGCCCACCUGCCCUGACCCCGCCCCUUCCCUCCUCCCUCCCUCCCUCUUGUCUCCUCAUGACCUCACCCUCAGCUCCAGGUGACCCCUGCCCUCCAACAGUUCAUGUUGAGGUGCUGGUUCUAUUCCAGGAACAUUUUUUAGAAACACUUUAAAUCCAGAAGCAACUUAUUUCAGUUUAAUCAGAACCAAACGAAGCCGAAGUUUGUCUUUAACGGACCUCCUUUAAACGCUUUGAUCCGCCUCCAUCCGGGAUGGAUCCGGGUCAAACUUCCUCCGAGACGCUUCGCUUCGGCGGCGCAGAGGUCACGGUUAAAACUGCUGGGUUUCUGUGGAAACGGGUCAGAACACCAGCACCACAGCUUCCUCCUGCACAUUACAGAGGACAGCUGGGCUUUAGUUGAAGUAGUUUACAGGACGAUGCUGCGUUCACAGCAAGCGGCUCGCACAUCCAACAUGGCCGACGCUUCAGAAAACCUGAAGUUUUGCAGCUGAACGCAGAGCAUCAACCAAUCAGAGAGAGUUCUCAACCUGAUGCAGUGUCACUCGGCGCCGAUCCAAGUCAGCCUGAGUUGAGACUGGAAUAUGGCAGGAAGCGCCAGACUGGGCCGAGCCGAGCCGCCGGGCCGGGCCGCUGGGCCGGGCCGAGCCGAGCCGCUGGGUUGGGCCGAGCUGAGCUGAGCCGGGCCGCUGGGUUGGGCCGAGCUGAGCCGA